AUGUCAAAAAAACCCUCCAUCGAGCUCUUUGUGAAGGCUGGCAGUGAUGGGGAAAGUAUUGGGAACUGCCCGUUCUCUCAGCGCCUCUUUAUGAUCCUGUGGCUCAAAGGUGUCAUAUUUAAUGUCACAACCGUGGAUCUGAAAAGAAAACCUGCAGACCUGCAGAACCUGGCCCCGGGCACCAACCCCCCGUUCAUGACCUUUGAUGGGGAAGUGAAAACCGAUGUCAACAAGAUCGAGGAAUUCUUGGAGGAAAAGCUGGCGCCGCCCCGGUAUCCCAAGCUUGCACCGAAGCACCCUGAGUCAAACUCUGCAGGAAAUGACGUCUUUGCAAAAUUCUCUGCAUUUAUAAAGAACCCGAGAAAAGAUGCAAAUGAAAAUUUGGAAAAAUCUUUGCUUAAAGCCCUGAAGAAGCUGGACAACUAUUUAAAUAGCCCCCUGCCUGAUGAAAUCGAUGCUUACAGCACGGAGGAGAUCACUGUUUCCAGCCGGAAAUUCCUGGAUGGAGAUGAACUCACUUUAGCAGAUUGCAACCUCCUACCAAAGCUCCACAUAAUCAAGGUUGUUGCAAAAAAAUACCGAAAUUUUCAUUUCCCACCUGAAAUGACAGGGAUUUCAAGAUACUUGAAAAAUGCAUAUGCAAGAGAUGAAUUUACAAACACGUGCCCUGCUGACCAGGAGAUUGAAUAUGCAUAUUUGGAUGUGGCAAAGAGAAUGAAGUAGCCAGAAGAUGCCUCCGUUUAUUGCUUCCGUGAUGGGCAACAGCCAAGCCAGAAAAGCAAAAAACAGCAGAGAUUCUGCGGUGUGAUUUUAAAUUCUGCUAUUGGCCAAUCCUUUUAUAAUGAUUGU